AUGGCACAAGGAUUCAAACCAGCAAAGCCGAAGAAGGCGGCCGCAUCGCCAAAGUCCAACUCCAGGACAAAGACCGGUCCUAAGCGCGGCCCUCGAGUCAUUGCACCAAGGAAGGCGGCAGCAGUGCGUACCGCCAAGACAAAGCAAAAGCAGACGGCCUCCAUCACAGCGAGGAUCGAGCAAGAAAUGGUCGGCCGCGCGUCGAAGGGCGGACCCCUCACCAUCAUGAAGAAGGCCGCAGACGGUGAUGCAGACGACAAGAAGAAGAACCUCAACAAGAAGUAG